GUCAUCAUCUUUGCUUUUGUCUCAGCAUCCAGCCCGGAAUCCCAGCCCAGCGCUCAGCGUUUAUUUUGUUACAAAAACACAUCGAGAAUGUCUGGCUCCUCUAACAUUGUAGCCAUGAAAAAAGUCGUACAGCAGCUCCGUUUCGAGGCGAGCAUAAACAGAGUGAAGGUUUCCCAGGCAGCGGCAGACCUUCAACAGUUUUGCAUGCAGAACGCCUUGCAGGACCCUCUGCUCACCGGUGUGUCCUCCAGCACCAACCCUUUCAGGCCGCAGAAAGUCUGCUCCUUCUUGUGAAACCACUGUAUUCAUUGGCCUUCAUUUUGAUGCUACAGGGAAAAGUUGACCUCAACACUGCUCCUCAUGCCAAGCCAUUAUACUGCCACGGGAUCUCUUGAGUGUAGAACACAUUGGAAUCAUGUCUGGAAGAUGACCAUCAAUUUUCAGCCACAGUAGAAGAAAGGACAGUUUUAUUUUUCAUGGCACAGUAUGAUUUUCGAGUGAAUUAUUGUGCCUUUUCUAUUGUUCUAUUUUAGUCAUCACUGUUCUGAACUUUUUUGUAUUUAAUGAAUAAAAAAACAUUCUUUACUACUCCAA